GAGACUGCUCUCGACGAUAGAGGAAACAGAUUUCCAGGAGGCAGGCAAACUGAGUAGGCGCAGUCUUGAGUGGAAAUUGACACGUACUGAUGUAUUACGUCUAUUUUAUUUUAACAAGUGGACCUUUUUUGUUGUUUACACGCAAGGUAGACUUUACGAUUCUUUGAAACCCCCGAAGAGAUCGUGAUUCUAUUUUUCUUUAGCUAGCUGUAGUGUGUUGAAAACUGAAUUCAUUUUGUAUACAGCCUACUGAAUAAUAACACUUUAAAGAAUGACCUGGACAGUUAGCAGUUGUUAUAUCACUCUAGCCCUCCUAUUCCUUUGGCGGGUCGAAGAAAUAGCAGAGGCUUGCAGUUGCUCCCCUGCUCAUCCUCAACAGGCUUUUUGCAAUGCAGACGUCGUGAUCAGAGCAAAAGUGAUCGCUGGCAACGAGGUUGACUCUGGCAAUGAUAUCUACGGCAACCCUAUCAAACGGAUCAAGUAUGACAUCAAACAGAUCAAGAUGUUCAAAGGACCUAACCGGGACAUUGACGCAAUCUUCACAUCCCCCUCCUCAGCCAUGUGUGGGGUGACUCUGGAGACCAAUGGAAAAAAGGAGUACCUUUUCACAGGCAAGCUUGAGACUGAUGGGACAAUGCAUGUGACUCUGUGUGACUUCAUCGAAUCUUGGGAGGCCUUAAGUGCCACACAGAAGAAGAGCUUGACUCAGCGCUAUGAGAUGGGCUGUGACUGCAAGAUCACACGGUGCACCUCCAUCCCCUGUAUGAUCAGCGCCCCGGAGGAGUGUCUGUGGACAGACUGGGUGAUUGAGAAGAGCAUCAGCGGACCACAGGCCAAACACUUUUCCUGCAUCAAGAGGAGUGAUGGUUCCUGUGCCUGGUACAGAGGAUCUGCACCUCCCAAGAAGGAGUUCAUGGACAUCGAGGAACCCUAGUUCCACAAUUGCAUCCUCACUCACAAUGUGACUGGAUAGGGCUGUCUUUUAAAAAUCCCCCCCCCCC